AUGCCUUUUAAGCAAGUAACUCAGUUUAGUAAAAUCGUUAAGCGCGACCGAAGCCGUUUAAAAAAUCCUUUCUUUGCUUUAGCUAUUGCUGCUGCUGCAACUGCGGCGGCUGCGGCGGCUAUAUUACGCACUCUUACUUUCGAAGAUUCGCUUUUUCUUUUAAACUUUUUUAUUAAGCGCUUGCUUAUGCUAACGAUUAUCAAAGCCUUAAAGUGCAUUAAGUGUAUUAAUAGUAAGAUCAUAUCGAAGUCUAAUAGAGACUAUUAUAAUUGCGAUACGAGCGUUAUACGCUGUUUUCGGUGUACUAAAAGUAGCUAUAGCAACUGCACCGCUGCUUUUGCCGUUGCUAAUACCGCUUUCGAUAACUUCCUCGCUUUAAAUGCUGCUUUUUCAAAAGGUGUUGCUAGUAAUGCAAGCGGUCUAACGAGUAGAACGAACCGUAAUCCGGUGAUUCGAAGCGCUUCGAGCAUAUUACUUUUUCCCCUUGCGCUUGCGCUAGCCGCCUUUGUUAUUCCCGUCGCUUUCGCAGCUCUCGUCGCAUUUAUUAUCGUCGCUUUUCUUGCGCUAGUUAUUACGCUUGCCGCUUUCGCGGCGGCGCUCGCCGUUGUUAUAACGCUUGCGGAGCGCCGAGCUGAAGUAAAGAGAUUGCUAAGAGCUUUAAUUGAUCUUUUAUUAUAA